AUGGCAGAGCCGAGUGCAGACCUGAUCCCUGCACUGGCUGCAGGUGUGGCCUCUGCGCCCUCGCAGUGCUCGGCUGAACCUGCCUCCGCUGUGCCGGCUGCUGCGGCCCUGCGUAUGCCUUCCGGGCCGAUUUUGGUUAAAGGGGGGGGUGUUAGUUCGGUUUCGGUUUGUUCGGGUUCUCGGGCCUUGGCUAGUUCGCUUGUGGGGUCAAAUGCUGGUGUGGAUGCUUUACUCGGUGGGGCUCUCCCAGAUUCAGACGCCGAGCGCGAGCCGUCGUGCAAUGCCACCUCCCUUUCCCAUGUAGAUGAUUUAGGGUCCUUGAAUAAGUGGGCCGAGUGCAGCCCGGAGCCGUGCCCCUGGGAUGCUCUGAGCGUGUCGUCACUCAGUGUGGCGGAGGAGCCUAGACCGGUUUCAGAAACCUUGGAUGCAGCCACGGAGGCCGCGGGCCCUGCAGAGGGGAGUGACAUUAGCGACUGGCAGUGUGUGGUGACGCCGGACCCGGGUAAUCAGCUCUCAAAAGGUGUAGGAGUGUCAUCAUCAGCAGUGCCUGCUCAGGUAUCUGUAAAUCGAGCUGUGCAGCAGGCUGUUGCCCGCUUUGCGGAGGAUCCGGCUGCAGCCUUGCGACUGCCUUGGGAAACCCCUCUUAUGAAAGCGAUUUUUUCUGAGGAUGAUGCAACAGCACUUGCUAAUCUUGUUCCGGUAUCGUUUGCUUUUAAAAGGGACGCCUCCUCCGUUGCCGGGCGUCCAUCAGCUUUGAAGCUUGAAGGAAACAUUUGCGAGCAUGCCAUUCGGAAAUUCCGUGAUGAUGACAAUCUCCUGAAAGAGGAGAGGUUGUUGCAUCGUGCAACUGCCAAAUGGGCCUUAGUUGUUUUCCGGUACGCCAGGGAGUGUGGUCUUGCGCCUGAGACUGAGGAGGAGAUCAUAGCUUGUUUUGGUACCAGGUCGGUGCACACUGUCACCAAGCGUGCCAACACGUUUGCUGCUUACUUGAGGUGGUUGGAUGUUGUGUCCAACUCCAAUGUGUCUGCCUUUUGUGAUGCAGCUUACUGGAAGUACUUGAAAUUCUUGGAAUCGUCUGGCGCGGCUGCUUCCAGUGCCACAUCCUUUCUGUCAUCUGUGAGGUUCAGCAAGUUCGUGUUGGGGUUGUCCCGCGCGGAGGAGCCCAGCCGAAAGUGUGUCGGCCUCUCUGAGACAUUAGCCGGUCAGGCUGGGGUUGUUAGGCAGGCAGCGCCUCUGACGGUGGACCAAAUCCUCGUGAUUCAUGAAGCAUUACACAGUGAAGAUACAAGCAGGUGGGACCGUGCUUUCUGCGCUUACUGCUUGGUUGCCUUGUACGGCCGUGCCCGCCAUAGUGACUUGAAGAGGAUCUCCCAUAUUGAGUGGGAUGUGCCGCAGGAUGCCGAUCGGUCCCGGCAAGGCUCACAAGGUUACAUUAUCAUCUACACCAAGCACCAUAAAACUUCCCGGGCCACGGCGAAGAAACUUCGGCUGCUCCCCAUUGUUAUCCCAGUUGCAGGAAUCCACAGCAAGCCUUGGAUACACGCGGCCCAGGAUGCAUUUGCGGCCGUGCACUUAACCUUGAGGGGAGAGGUUAACGGUCCGUUAUUUCGGCCGCCUCGGAAUUUUGACUCCCUUAGCUUAUGCAGGCGUAGCAUUACAUCCGACGAAGUGUCAGUGUUCGUUCGGCUCUUGCUCGGCCUCGGCCGAGAUGCCCCUACUGAAGGGGAUCGAGUUACGAGCCACAGCAUGAAAAGGACCUGCCUUUCCUGGGCCAGUAAGGCGGGCUUUGACCGCCUGACUCGGAGUUGCCUAGGAAGGCACGCUUAUGCAACUGAAGGGACCGAGGCGAUUUAUUCGGUGGAACUUAGUUUGCCGCACGUGCAAAAGCUUGAGGCCCUUAUCAAGUUCAUCGUGAACGGAUCCUUUGCCGCAGAUGCAUCAAGGGCAUUGAUGUGGGCGUUUCCGCCGCCAGCCGCUGAGAUUGCUUCGCCAGGACGUUUCCCGGUGCCGGCGGAGACUUCCAGCGUGACGCCAGCAGAGGAGCGGCCGGGGGCUGUGGAACCUGACUCUGGGGAUGAAGGCCAGAGUAGCAGCUCCACUUCUAGCUCAAGUAGCAGCAGUGAGUCGGACUCCGAUGGAGGAUCAGAAGGGUCCCUCACGAAACGACGCAGGGCAGGCCUGGCAGAUGAUAAGCGCAUCGAGCCUGAAGGUGGGUGGGUAGUGCAUCGGCGCUCCUACAUUUUGCACCGUGUCUAUCGUGGAAAGAUUUUGAUGUGUGGAAGGCCCAGAACCCAAGCUUAUGACUUGGUAGAGGACAUCACGCGCAUGGGAAACCUCGUGUGCAAGACCUCCGCUGGUGCGUUUGUGGGCUACGAGCCUUUUGAGCGAACAUGCGAUCGGGAGGAAGUGGAGGGCAUGUCCUUCGGCGCCGCUAUGACUUCGUUGGUGGAAUCGGAAGCCCAUUUCGAGCAACGCGCAUCUGAGGUGAGGCUGUCAGACACUUCAGUGCAGGCGUUGCGGCGCCAUGGAUUCAAGACCUUGGGGCAGCUCGCUUACACAGUGGGCCAACCAGGCCAGUUGAUACCGGAGGCCGAGUUCACCGAUUGGUGUCGCAACCAUGUGCCAGCAGCAUCAGCAGCCGAUCUUGCAUCGUUGAAGCGGUUAUUGUUUGAGGCACAAACAUUAGCUCUCACGCAGCUCCGAGCUCAGGUGACCGAACCCGACUCAGCCAGUAAGCGGGUUCCAGAAGCUGAGCGUGAGCGCCGGCUUCAGCAGUUGCGGGAUGAGUUGAGUGGCCUCAACAUAGAAGGGCCCCUGGAGCCGGGGCGGAAGCUUUUGGAUGAAUGCUCUCAUCAGGAAGCUGUCGGCCAAUUGAAAUAUCUAUCUCCAGACAAAUGUGUCAGUCGCCUGCAUGAGGUCACGCGUGCCAAGGAUUCAUCUCGGCAAGUGGAAAUCGACCAGAGCCGCUUCAUCAUCAAAGAAACACAGGAUGAAUUCUCCAUGCCUGCAUCCUCGGCGCUUCAAGUGCAGGAGGCGCUGCGACGUCGGGGAUUAGCUUACACAUUUGCCCAAGCUGUCAGCUGGAAUGCUUACGAUAAAUAUGUGACCAAGCUGUUCGGCCACAUGCACCGUGACCCACCACCAAGCCACAAUCGGAUCUCCGUGAGCCAGAUUGUGGAGGCUGAUAGGCUGGUCUUCACCCACCUCAUCGAGCUUAACAUCAAACCCAAACAAGAGCCCAGCGGGCUGGGACCUUUGGACGAGGCUCUGCAUGCAGCGCUUGAGUCUCACCAGGUCAGUUUUGCUUUGAUGCAUUUGGCUAGCAAGGGUGGCAAUAAUCCGCGUCGGCCUUGGAAGCGGCAGCAGGUGCAGCAGGAUUGUGUGAAGAGUUUGGCCGACAGGUCCCUUUCGUUGAUCAUCCUGCGGAAGCUUUCGCGAGAAAGCGAACACCCUGGAGGCCAUUCCUGGACUUCUGGCGCAUACGUCCGUGGGGGCAACCUGGGAGCCAGGUGCAACAUGAAACUUUUCCCAGCUGUGUCGGCCCUACUGGCCGUUUUGCUGCGUGCUGCUUGUGACGAUGCAGUUUUCACCAGUCUUGCGUUACUGACAAAUCAGUCUGCUUGGGUACACAAGGAUCUAAAUAAUGCCAGUGGAUCUAUCAACACAGCAAUUGCUCUGUCGAGUUUCAGUGGCGGCGGCAUCUGGGUUCAGGGCGGCGGCAAGGUGCCGUGCCCACUUGAUCCGAACCUGGACCCGGGCUGCAUUCGGUCCUUUGCUGAAGGGGUUGUGCGGUUCGAUUCGCAUGAACUGCACUGCACUGAGCCGUGGGCGGGCAAUAGGUGCAUUCUUGUGGGGUUUGUUGUUAAAGGCUAUCAGGCUUUCUCGCCUGACCUCAUAGGUGACCUCCUGAAACUAGGGUUCAACCUUCCCGACUUGGGCACAGGAGACAUCUUUGCGGCGCCAGGAGCUGUGCCCAGCUUCCCAGUCGUGCUGGAAGUCUUCUCCGGAAUGGGGCGUUUGACGGCCCAGCUGCGGGCCCGUGGAGCCUCUGGUUCUCUCGCGGUUGACUCCGCUCAGGUGUCGGCCCCUGCAGCGCCGCCUAAAAUCCUUGAUGUCGCUCAAAAUCAGCAACUUCUGCUAGCCUGGCUGGAAGCCGAUCACGUUGUCGGUGUGCAUUUUGCCCCGCCACUUUUGAUGCCUUCAGACUUGGAGCUUGCUGUUGCAAGCCUGGUCUCUCGAGCUGUUGAACUUUGCCUUCUUGUGUCCAUUGAGCUGCCGCUGAGCUGCCAACGGCUUCACCCUUCUGGAGCUCUGCGGCUGGUCGCACGGUGCGCGGACUCUGCCCCCACUCGAGAGUUUUGCCUAUUGCUGCUUGUGCCGAUGCUGGUGCAAGCGGCUCAGCUUUGGGUUCGAACAUACGCUUGGGAUGUAGCUGCAAAGCUGGCCGAUGGUUUUGUGCCCCGCCGCUUCCUCAUCGCCGUCCUGCUUGUGCGCGGUCAGUUCCACUGGCCGGUGGCUCGCAUGGAGCGUUUGAAGUCGGAUUUUCAAUUGCCGCCUCACCUUGACUGUGACUUGCGCGUGCUCCCAACUGGUGCUCAACUUCUCAGGGUCCUGCAGAACGCCAUCCAGAGAAACGCGUCGUCAUCUUCCGAGCAACUGGCUCGUGACAGGGCGAUCUUCUUUAAGACGUGGUUGUCAAGGGCCAAGGAGCUGGAGAACGAAGAGGCAUCGUUUAAAGCAUCUUUGGAGCCACAUGUCGCCAGCAUUUUGGCACCAAAACGUUUGCUCCUGUUCAAGGAACUCCUUUCUGCUUAUGAGUAUCCGGAUCCAGAAGUGUUCGACGAGAUUACGCACGGCAUCCGGCUCACAGGCCAGACGCCGAACACCGGGAUCUUCCCGCCAACAUUUAAGCCUGCUAUGCGGCAAGCUGCCAAUCUUGAAAAAUGGGCCCCCGGAUCCCGGUCCAGAGUCUUGGAGGCAUAA